GAAAGCAGGGCGAGCGAGAAGAAUAAGGGAGCCAAGAAUGAAGAAGAAAAGGAAAAGGAAGCUCCUUCCAAAGACCUGGCCCGGAAACGAGAUACAAAAGUGGGGAAGGACUCUAAAAAGGAAGAAAGUGUUCAGAAAACAGACCCAAAAGUUAAAGCUGAGGCUGAGACCAAGAGCAAAGAGGAGAAGGGUAUCAACGAUAAAGUCAAGGCCAUGGAGAAAAAGCUGAUGGGGAAGGACAAAAAGGAGGAAGAGAAGGGCUCGGCGUUGAAGAAGGACACGAGGAAGGAUAAAAAGGAGGAAGAAAAGGACUCGGCAUUAAAGAAGGAUGCAGGGAAGGAUAAAAAGGAGGAAGAAAAGGGCUCAGCGUUACAGAAGGAUGGAGGGAAGGCUAAGAAGGAAGAAGGGAAGGGCUCAGCAGCAAAGGAGGAGGCAGAGAAGGGCAAAAAGGAAGAAGAAAAGGGUUCUGCGUUGAAGAAGGGCACAGGGAAGGACAAAAAGGAGGAAGAAAAGUGUUCCGGAUCAAAGAAAGAGGCAGAAAAAGACACAAAGGGAGAAGAUAAGACGGAAAAAGAUAAAAAAGAAGAGGAAAAGAGUUCAGCUUUGAAAAAAUCCAAGGCAGAUGAGAAGGAGAAAUCCCAGCCAGGGGCAAAAAAGGCAGCGGAGGAGAAAGAGGAGGCCAAGGCAGCGGCCGAGAGCAGCCCCUCCAAGCCCACCGCCGGCAGCUCCCCGGAUCAGGCCAAGGAUGACGAAGCCUCCAGCAUUUUUGAUGAGCUCAUCGAGAAGGUGAAGAACAACGACGCCGAGGUCACGGAAGUGAACGUCAACAACUCAGACUGCAUCAACAACGAGACGCUGGUGCGCUUCACCGAGGCCCUGGAGUUCAACACCGUGGUCAAGCUGUUCGCCUUGGCCAACACGCGUGCCGACGACCACGUGGCCUUCGCCAUCGCCAUCAUGCUCAAGUCCAACAAGGUGCUGACGAGCAUCAACCUGGACUCCAACCACAUCACGGGCAAGGGCAUCCUGGCCAUUUUCCGGGCGCUGCUGCAGAACAACACGCUGACGGAACUGCGUUUCCACAACCAGCGGCACAUCUGUGGCGGGAAGACGGAGAUGGAGAUUGCCAAGCUCCUGAAGGAGAACACCACGCUCCUGAAGCUGGGCUACCACUUCGAGCUGGCCGGACCACGCAUGACGGUCACCAACCUGCUGAGCCGGAACAUGGACAAGCAGAGGCAGAAACGCCUCCAGGAGCAGAAACUGGCACAGGAGCGUGGGGAGAAGAAAGACCUCCUGGAGGUGCCCAAGCCCGGAGCCCUG